GACAGUGAAAUACUAGAAGCUGUUGUCUCUGCCUCUGUUCUUACUCAGCUGUUAUUCUUCACACUGGAGUGAGUCUCUGCGGCGGGUAUCCAAAAUGCUGCCUUUGAUCAUAAUAACAAGCCUCCUGGCUUUUACCUCUGGUAAACCAUGUGAUACUGAAGGAUCCAACAGAGAGCUGCACCUGUCACUUAAUAAGAAUCUCCUUCGCUCACUGGAGACGCAGGAAGGACUCCCCAAUCCCAGCGUCCACUUGGCAUUACGACUUUCUGACAACCACAACUCCGCAAAGGAGAGUGAUCACCUUAACAAACUGAAAAAUGAUUUGCACAAUGACCUUCAAAGCUCUCUCUCAAACAGUCAGUCUGUGGUUGGCCUCUUAGCACUUUACACUCUUGCACUGAAGUCCUCCUGCUACGACCUCACCACGAUCACCUUCACCGUCAGUGAGAAGAGUGAGCCGCUGCUGACACACCUGAAGAAUCAGAUGGAGCAAGAAAAAGAGCAUAUUGCCGUCAGCCACCGCCCUUUGACCAACUAUUACCAGUACUCUCUGGGUGUGCUCGCUCUUUGUGUGAGCGGCAUCAGGGUCAACAACCAUGUCAGCAACAAGCUCAUCAAGGCAGCAGAAAAUAAUCUCUUCAAACACGGAGACUCUGAGAGUAUUGACACCUUUGCCAUGGCUGGAAUGGCGCUCCAGUGUGUGAAGGAGGCUGGUCAUGUGCAGAACGCUGUUGAGCUCGACACAGCCCUCAGCAAGAUCAAGGAGACGCUCCUGGCCGCUCAUAGGGACGACGGUCAUAUUGGCAAUGAGUUCAGCACAGGCCUCGCAGUUCAAGCUUUACUGGCAAUGGGCAGCCAUAUUGCAGAUUGUGCUGCCUCAAUGGAGGCGAUGAGGACAGACGCCAGAAGCAACACGUACCACAACCCAAUGGCUGUUUCUCAGAUCCUGCCUGCUCUCCAGAAGAAAUCCUACCUGUCGGUUAAAAGCAAGGAUUGCCUCAACGAGGAUGAUACCCUCGUGCUGGAGCCUGCAGAUCCCGUGGUGGUUUUACCAAGCCAGACCAAAGUGAUGCUGACGGUGGAGGUGGUGACGCUGAGCGGAGCAGCUGCUCUCUACUCUGUGAAUGUGCCAAAGGGAAGCUCUCUGCUGGAGGCUCUUGAACUUCUUAAGGGAAAAGAUGUUGGCUUCACGUUUGAGAAGGAGUCCAGCCUGUGGGGACCUUUCUUGAGUGCGGUGAAUGGAGAGCAGGCCAGACAGAGCGACAGAAGAUACUGGCACCUCUCCUCAGAUGGCACUGCUCUCAGUGAGGGUAUCAAUGAUUACAAGAUUGAGGCGGCUCAAAAGAUAACCAUCAAAAAUACAAACUACUGAGAUGCACUGCUGACGCAACACUGAUGAGGGCCAAGAGCAGUCAAAUCUUGACAUUUUUUAAUCCUUUUUUGUUU